AUGGGCCCUUCGCGCUGCGGCCUCUUCGCGCUCCUGCUACUGCUGCAGGUUUCACCGUGGCUCUGUGAGGAGCCGGAGCCGUGCCGUCCGGGCUUUGGCGCCGAGAGCUACACGUUCACAGUUACCCGGCGGCGCUUGGAGAGAGGCCGAGUCCUGGGCAGAGUGAGUUUUGAAGGAUGUACUGGUCGACCAAGGACAGUCUAUUUUUCCGAUGACACCCGAUUCAAAGUGGCCACAGAUGGUGUGGUUACUGUCAGACAGCCUCUACAACUUCAUAAUGCAGAGACCAGCUUUCUUGUCCAUGCCUGGGACUCCACCCACAGAAAGCUCUACACCAAAGUGACACUGAGGGUCACUGGGCACCACCGACACCACCAACAGCAUCAUGACGCUCUCUCUGGACCCCAGACAGAAGUGCUCAUGUUUCCCGACUUCCAUCAUGGGGGUCUCCGAAGACAAAAGAGAGACUGGGUUAUCCCUCCUAUCAGCUGCCCAGAAAAUGAAAAGGGCCCAUUUCCUAAAAACCUGGUUCGGAUCAAAUCUAGCAGGGACAAAGAAAUAGAGGUUUUCUACAGCAUCACUGGUGAAGGAGCUGACAGACCUCCUGUUGGUGUGUUUGUUAUUGAAAGAAAAACAGGAUGGCUGAUGGUGACACAGCCUCUGGAUAGAGAGAAAAUUUCCAAUUAUACUCUCUUGUCUCAUGCCGUGUCUUCGAAUGGAGAUGCAGUGGAAGACCCGAUGGAGAUUGUGAUUACAGUGACAGAUCAGAAUGACAAUAAGCCCAUAUUCACCCAGGAUGUCUUUAAAGGGUCUGUCAUGGAAGGAGCUGUCCCAGGAACCUCAGUGAUGCAGGUCACAGCCACAGAUGCAGAUGAUGAUGUGAACACCUACAACGCUGCCAUUGUUUAUGCCAUUGAAAACCAAAAGCCCACCUUGCCUCACGACAACAUGUUCACCAUCAACCGGGACACAGGAGUCAUUAGUGUGGUCACCACCGGGCUGGAUCGAGAGAGUAUUCCUGAGUACACCUUGGUGGUUAAAGCAACUGACCUUCAAGGUGAAGGCUUAAGCACAUCAGCAACAGCUGUGAUUACAGUCAUGGACGCCAAUGACAACCCUCCCAUCUUCAACCCAACCAUGUAUGACGGUACAGUUCCUGAGAACAAGGCCAAUGCAGAUAUCACCAAGCUCAAAGUGACUGAUGCUGAUGUCCCCGACACCCCAGCGUGGAAGGCCAAAUACAACAUAUUAAAUGAUGAUGAGAAGCAAUUUGUUGUCAUCACAGAUUCAGUAACGAAUGAAGGCAUUUUGAAAACAGCUAAGGGCUUAGAUUUUGAGGCCAAGCAGCAGUACGUUCUAUAUGUGACAGUGGAGAAUGUGGUCCCCUUUGUGGUCAGUCUUCCCACCUCCACAGCCACAGUGACUGUGGACGUAAUAGAUGUGAAUGAAGCCCCCAUCUUCAUGCCUCCUGUCAAGACAGUGGAAGUACCGGAAGACUUUGGCGUCGGCCAGGAAAUCACGUCCUACACUGCCCAGGAUCCAGACAGGUUUAUGCAACAGAAGAUAACGUAUCGGAUUUGGAGGGAUACUGCCAACUGGCUGGAGAUUAAUCCAGACACUGGGGCCAUUUCCACUCGGGCCGAGUUAGACAGAGAAGACUUGGAGCAUGUGAAGAACAGCACAUACACAGCCCUCAUUAUUGCUACUGACAGUGAUUCUCUCCCUGCUACUGGUACUGGAACCUUUAUUCUGAUCCUCUCUGAUGUGAAUGACAAUGCCCCCAUACCAGAACCUCGAAGUAUGGAAUUCUGCCAGGUAGAUCCACAGCCUCAUACCAUACACAUCAUUGAUCCAGAUCUUCCCCCCAAUACUUCUCCCUUCACAGCAGAGCUGACGCAUGGGGCAAGUGUCAACUGGUCCAUCCAGUACACAGAUGCAGCCCGAGAUUCUUUUCUUUUGAUGCCAAAGGUUGGUUUAGAACUGGGUGACUACAAAAUAAAUCUCAAGCUCACAGAUAACCAGAAUAAAGACCAAGUGACCACGUUAGAGGUCUUUAUGUGUGACUGCGAAGGCACCAUCAACACCUGUAAGAGGAAUAUGCCAGCUCCCAACACAGAAUUGCAAGUUUCUGCUGUUCUGGGAAUUCUUGGAGGAAUCCUUGCUUUGCUAAUCCUGACUCUGCUGCUUCUGCUGUUUCUUCGGAGGAGACGAGUGGUCAAGGAGCCCUUACUGCCCCCUGAAGAUGACACUCGGGACAACGUUUAUUACUAUGAUGAAGAAGGAGGUGGAGAAGAGGACCAGGACUUUGACUUGAGCCAGUUGCACAGGGGCCUGGAUGCUCGACCUGAAGUGAUUCGCAAUGAUGUGGCACCAAGCCUCAUGAGUAUGCCCCAGUAUCGUCCCCGCCCCGCCAAUCCUGAUGAAAUUGGAAAUUUUAUUGAUGAAAACCUGAAGGCGGCUGAUAGCGACCCCACUGCUCCCCCUUAUGACUCUCUGCUCGUGUUUGACUAUGAAGGAAGUGGUUCUGAAGCUGCUAGUCUGAGCUCUCUGAACUCCUCGGAGUCAGACCAAGACCAAGACUAUGACUACUUGAAUGAAUGGGGCAAUCGCUUCAAGAAGCUGGCAGAUAUGUAUGGAGGCGGCGAGGAUGACUAGGGGACUCAAGAAAG